AUUGACUAUGCUAAAAGGGUAUCAGGCACAGCUGGGUUUCCCCUAGAAAUAAAAUGUAGUGCGACUGGCAAUCCAGUUCCAAAACUCAGUUGGAAAAAGUCCCAUGGAGUGCAAAGCGGUAGAGAAGUACUUUCAGCUGAUCGCAAAAGUAUUGCUUUGAAAUUUACAAAUCCCUUCAUUGCUGAUGCAGGUUACUAUAUUUGUGAAGCAACCAAUGAUAUUGGUAUAACAAGGCAAUCUGUUUUUGUUGAAAUCCAAGCAAGAGAUUGCUCAUCGUUGAAAAAAAGCGGACAAAGAACAAGCGGAAUAUAUACAAUUAAUCCAGAUAAUGGCGUCCCGUUCUUUGUGUACUGUGACAUGACAAAUGAGGGAGGUGGCUGGAAUGUGAUACAGAGACGCAGCGAUGGAUCAACUGAUUUUUUUCUAAGUUGGGAAGCAUACAGGGCAGGAUUUGGAAACUUGAUAAAAGAAUUCUGGCUUGGAAAUGAAAAUAUUCACCGUUUAACAAAGCAAAAAGACAUGAUGAUUCGGUUUGAUCUGGAAGAUAUAGAAGGAAACAGGGUGUUUGCAGAAUACAACACAUUUUACAUUGAUGGACAAGAUAAACAAUAUACAUUGCAUGUGAGCUCUUAUUCAGGAACGGCUGGCGAUUCAUUUUCAAAACUAAAUGGACAGAGAUUUUCAACCAAAGAUAAGGACUAUGACACUUAUGGUAAAAGUUGUGCCAUAGAGUUCCAUGGAGCCUGGUGGUAUAGUGACUGUCAUUCGUCCAACCUGAACGGAAAAUAUCUUAAUGGCCCACAUAAAUCAUAUGCUAAUGGAAUUAACUGGAGAACUUUUAAAGGCUACUACAAUUCGAUGAAAAAGACUGUCAUAAGAAUAAGGCCACGGAAAUGACAAUGAAGGCAGCAAAACGUCUACCUCGAGAGAUGCUUAUUGGCAAACUGGAUUUUUAUGCUUGAUCUUAGUGUCUUUAAUUGUACAAACUCCCCAUAGUUUAUCGUAGGGUUAAGAGAUUGAGGAAUCCCACUAUUAGGAAUCCAGCUUAUUACGAACUUCCGCUAUCACGAAUAAAAACCUUAUCCCUGUGAAUACUUCCUGAAUAACGAAAAUAUAAUAUUGAGCAUGUUAUACGUUACUCCAAAGAAAAAAGGGAACAUAUCAAUCCCGCUAUCCCAUAUUCAAGGUUGGCAUCGUUUGAGGGCUAAAUGUGGCAGUAUUCAAUUUCAGCUCAAUCAGUUAUAUCAACAUUGAUUUAGGGGAGAGGGAUCAUGUUAUAUAGAAAGGUAAUCAAAUCUGUAAUUUAGUAUCGAGAGUUUUGCCUAUGAUUGCAAUUACUUAUGGGUAAACAGGCACGUCUCAUUCCGCGCCUGCAUUCAGAAUCCUAGCCGUCGCCUUAAGCACUGCAGUCAAGUGUUCCAAUCAUGACCACUUGACCCGUACAUAAAAGUCUUUCCCAUUUCCGUUACAAAUAAAUCCAGUUCAAUGCCAGGCUCGCCAUGUAUAUAACAUAUUUUCUUCUGAAGACCCAGCUUCAGAGUUACAUCCUUUUUUGUUACGUCGAUCUGUGCAAAGAUAAAGUUAACUUUCCCGUUCAGGCAAGAAAUAAUUGGUGAGCAUUCUCUUGAUGAAAAUAUCUACGGCCUCUGCAACUAGUUCUUUAUACCAGAUCAACUUUGAUGAAAUUCUGGCAAACGGGCAAUAGUUAUAUUUUCCAUAACAGUAAUAAGCCGAUUCAUACCUCUAUUCUGCUCUUCAAUGCUCUCCUCUAAUGUGGUGAUGCGUUUCAGCUGUUCUUGAAGCUUAAAUGCCAAGGAGCUCAAAGUCAUCGAAAUUGAUUUUGAUAUUUAUUUCGAGUGUAGCCAAAUUAAAGAGAACUUUAAUGAUAUUUAGGUUAAAGGCCUAAAUUGUAUUCAUGGGAAAAAGCAACAUGACAUUACACAUGCUUAAGCAACACAAGAGGAGAUUCUAAAUUGGAAUAAACAUAAAAACGCCAUUGAAGCCCUAAUCAGUAAUAUGCAUGUGUAAGCAGUAGCUUGUAAUUUUCCUAAGUACUACCUUUCUAAGAUUAUCAAUUAAGAGAUUCUCGCUGGUAAACAUUCACAUAUGUAACUCUAACGUAAUACCAUUGUACGAGCAUAUGACUGCUCCUUUUGAAUAAGAAAACGGGCCUUGGAUAAGUUGGAGAUAUAAAAAGAUCUUGUAAUUAUGUGCGAUAUGAAUUAACCUAAGAUGACAGCCUUACGUCUAUCUCAAAUGUUUGCCUCUCGGUCUCCAUGCAACGUCUUCCUGCUUCGUCACGCUCGCUUGAGACAGCUAGAAAAACAGGUAAGAGAUUUUAGACAAGCUAUAUGGUGAAUACAAACAUCAUAUUAUAAGUAACCAUUUUAAUGGAAUGUAAAAACAAGACCAGUCUUUCUCGCAAAAGUUAAAGCUUUGGACAGAUUUUUCAGUAUCAUUAAUAAUUUUAAAAGUCAGAAGAAACCAAAUUAGCUUUGUUUUUCAAAUAUCUCGCGAGGGUAUAAAAGUGCCAUCUUUGGCUCAUCUCCUGUGUGCUUAAAUAAAAAGAAUCGUACUGUUUAGGCACACAUUUCAAUAGAUGGUCUGUCU